UCAACGAUUCAGUGUAAUUUGUAUUCUUGUUUCGGUACAGUGGUACCUCUCAGUGCGCUCAGAAUUGUUGUUGCAUUAUCAACCUUCCCAUUAGUAUUCUGUACAAAUCAGUAUUCAAAGAUGACCCAAACAGCAGAUGCCCAGUUUGUUCGCAAAACCAACGACUUUGCUCUGGAGUUGUAUAAGCAAGUCAUCUCCAACGAGAAGAAAAAUGUCGUCAUUUCGCCGUUUUCAAUCAGCACCUGUUUAUCGUUUGCUGCCAUGGGUGCAGGUGGACUGACCGCCGAAGAGAUGUUCAAAGUGCUCAAGUACGAUCCAGCACAGAAGUCAUCCAUUGCUGAGAGCUACGGUAAUGUUAUGACAAAUCUGGAUGGCAACAAAAGCCUUAGAAUUGCCAACAAAAUGUAUAUUAUGGAAAACUAUUCGGUAAAGUUCAACUUCCAUGAAAUUGCGAAAAAAAGUUUUCGUUCGGAAGCGGAGAAUGUUAACUUUCAAGAUAAUACUGCUGCAGCUAAAAAAAUAAACACCUGGGUAGAGCAGAAAACAAAUGAUAAAAUUAAAGACUUGAUUUCGCCUGAUUCUUUGGAUGAAUACACCCGUUUGGUGUUGGUUAAUGCAAUUCACUUCAAGGGUACAUGGACGCAUCAAUUCAAUCCAGAAAGUACCAGACCGAUGCCAUUCUGGAUCAGCGGAACGGAGUCUGUUGAUGUUCCAAUGAUGAACACCAAGAAACAUUUCAAACAUGGUGUUUUCGAUGACCUUGGUCUUGCAGCUCUAGAACUUACGUACAGCGAUAGUGAUGUGAGCAUGCUCAUCUUACUUCCACACGAACGUGAUGGAUUGACUAAGCUUGAAGAGAAUCUUCAGAAUAUCGAUAUUCCUGAAAUGCUUACCAAAAUGCAUAGCCAAGAAGUAGAAGUAUUUUUGCCAAAAUUUAAAAUUGAAUUUGACUUGGAUCUCAAGGACACUUUAGAAAAGCUCGGAAUGGGCACUAUGUUCAGCGACAGAGCUGAUUUCAGCGAGUUGUUGGAACAGAAUGAGCCAUUGAAGGUUUCAAAAGUUGUACACAAAGCGUUCAUCGAAGUGAACGAGGAAGGAGCGGAGGCUGCUGCUGCUACGGGGGCUAUUGUACGAAUGAAAAGAAGCGCGCCUUUCCCGCCAGCCCACUUUAAUGCAGAUCACUCUUUUCUUUUCGUAUUGAUUAAAGGGAAUCAUUUUUUGUUUAUGGGAAAAAACAUUUAUCCAGAUAAAAUGACGCAGUUAUUCCAUGAUGAGCUUUAAUUGUUUUCUCGAAAAUAAUAAAAAUUAAUUGAAACUCAAUAAAUAAAAAAAUUAAACUCAAUGCAUCUUAACUGCUUUCUUUAUGUUCGAUAAUCCGAGAUAAAAGUUAAUUUUUUUUUUCAAAACUUUGGAACUCUUUUACAGUUUGAUGUUGCAAAACUAUCCCAAAUGAAACAUUUGUGUCCCAAAUUUUAGUAUACAUAGUAUGAUUCUGAGGUAAAUGCAUAUUCGAAAUCUGCAUUAAGAAUGGAACUGAAAUCCAAAACGUCAUCAAUUUUGAAGCAUAAAUUAGCAUCAUAACGCCCUCGGUGGGACUUUAUAUGGGAGUGAGCUGUCAAUUUGUUUGUUUAAUGUCAAAAAGCGAUGUUUUAUUUUGCUAUAAAUCUUGAUUUAAAAAUUCGAGAUGAAAAUGUAUGGGAUCGAACAUAUUUUCGGUGUGCUUAGAAAACGAAGUUCUUUCAGAUUAUUUUAUCACAAAGUUUCUGUUAGAUGUCAUUUAUAUUUCAAUAUUGUUCAUAUUCUUAGCUAAAAAAAAAGGCUGCAUAGGGAAAGAACGUGUCAUAAUCUAAUCAUUCCGAUAUCUUAGCAGCGUUAUCAAUUAAGCGCUUGCGCAUGCUACUGAUCCGCCAUCCGUUUUAUUUUAUUAAUCUCCAUCUUUGCGUCACCAUCCUAAACUAAUGUUACAAUUCCUAGGUAUGAUUAUGAUGAUGAGGUGCAUGAUUAUUCAUCCUUACUUCACCGUCGACCAUCCCUUCCUGUA